GAGUGAGCUCCCGGGAUCCCCUCGCCCCUCCCCCUGCGCCCAGUGAGUAAUGACAUUCACGGGGAAGGGAGGGAGCGCGCGAGCGAAGGAGAGGGGCAGGCUCGCGAGGCCAUGUGAUGCUGGGCGAGAGAGAGCCGCCGCCGCCGAAGCCUCCUGCUUUCCUCCCUCGGAUUUCGGGCUGUCAUGGCGACCCCCAACAACCUGACCCCCACCAACUGCAGCUGGUGGCCCAUCUCGGCGCUGGAGAGCGAUGCUGCGAAGCCGGCAGAGGCUCCCGACGCACCCGAAGCGGCCAGCCACGCCCAUUGGCCCAAGGAGAGCCUGGUUCUGUACCACUGGACCCAGUCCUUCAGCUCGCAGAAGGUGCGGCUGGUGAUCGCUGAGAAGGGCCUGGCGUGUGAGGAGCGGGACGUGAGCCUGCCGCAGAGCGAGCACAAGGAGCCCUGGUUCAUGCGGCUCAACCUGGGCGAGGAGGUGCCCGUCAUCAUCCACCGCGACAACAUCAUCAGCGACUACGACCAGAUCAUCGACUACGUGGAGCGCACGUUCACGGGAGGACAUUUAGCCAAUGCCACCACAGACCUCAUGAAAUUGGACCAUGAAGUGGAGCCCCAGCUAUCUGAGCCCUACCUUUCUAAACAGAAGAAGCUCAUGGCCAAGAUCUUGGAACAUGAUGACGUGAGCUACCUGAAGAAGAUCCUGGGGGAGCUGGCCAUGGUGCUGGACCAGAUAGAGGCUGAGCUGGAGAAGAGGAAGCUUGAGAACGAGGGGCAGAAGUGCGAGCUCUGGCUCUGCGGCUGUGCCUUCACCCUCGCGGAUGUCCUCCUGGGAGCCACCCUGCACCGCCUCAAAUUCCUGGGACUGUCCAAGAAAUACUGGGAAGACGGCAGCCGGCCCAACCUGCAGUCCUUCUUCGAGAGGGUCCAGAAACGCUUUGCCUUCCGGAAAGUUCUGGGCGACAUCCACACCACUCUGCUGUCAGCGGUCAUCCCCAACGCGUUCCGGCUAGUCAAGCGGAAACCGCCAUCUUUCUUUGGGGCGUCCUUCCUCAUGGGCUCCCUGGGAGGGAUGGGCUACUUUGCCUACUGGUACCUCAAGAAAAAAUACAUCUAAAGCCAGGCCCCGGGCUUGGUGUCUGACUGUCGGUGUCUCUGUGCUGUGUGAUUCCCAACGAGCUCUCGGUAACCACCGUCUCGUCUCACGAACACUUGGACAGCCCCCUCCCACCCCUUGUUCGGAAUAGUUCUAUAGUCAGUGUGAAAACAUUCCAUAGUUUAGGAGUAGAUAUUGUCAAUGCCGUGAGUUGAGGCCACGGCUCUACUAAAGGAGAAAAAGAAUGAGUGGGAAAGAGAGAGAGAGGAAAAACAAAAACACGAAUGCCUUUUGUUUGUUUUGAUUCAAGGUCUCAAGAUGGAACUGUGGGGACUAGUUGGGAUCUGAGGUGAGUCCCAGGCCAUUUCAUUCACCAGGGCCCAAAUUCUGGGAGGUGCUGGGGGCUCAGAGGGCCUGACCCUCGCCUCCCCUUCCCUCUUGCCCAGGGAACUCUUCCACAGGACAAAGCCUACAUCAAGACUCGACUCCUCUAAGCGGUACUUCCGGGUGGGGCUGGAGACCCAGAGACCCGCAUGGGAGACCCCUGAAGAUCGGCUUAGGGGCUUCAUUCUUCUCCUGGACCUGAAUUGAGUCAGCACUGGCUGAAGCCUAGGCCGUGACAUCCAACCAGAGGCUGUGUCUGGACCGAUGCCACAAGCACACCCUCCCAUUCCUCUCUUGAUUUGAGCAGAGCGCUUGGUCUGGCUUUACCGGAAGUUCCUGAAGGCAGCGUCCAUCCCAUCCUCCUCCUCCCACCUGGAGUUGAGUUUUCCCACCAUGUGAGGUGGACUUGCAGUAAAAGCCAUGUUGACCUUCUCUCGGAAGUUCAGCCCUGGCCACAAUGUUGGGUCUGGAGAUGGAUGGGGUCCUUGGGUCCUUCUCCUGCCUCUGCCAAAGCCAUCUCCGUCAACGCCUGCCUCCCCCAUCACUCUCGGGGCUUCCUCCGUGCCCCACCAUGUCUCGCAGGGGGUCUCUGCAUCCACGCUGCCAGCCCCGCGGCGUCUCACUUCCCUGUGCCUUUUGCAUGUUGGGAAAGGGUCUGGGUGUCACUGCCCCUCAUGCUUAAAAACCACUGAAAGCCCCCAAUAAAGCAUCCAGGAGGA